AUGUCCGAAAAUUUGUGUGACUGGCGCCGGGAACUUACGCUCUCUCGAUCCACUGAAGCGAGUCACAAGGUGCUGAAGACCCGCGCGCCUGCAUUCGGAAUUCGCAUGAUCCUCGUGGAGGGUGGAGAAGUUGCCAUGCCAUGCCAAGAGAUACAAAAGGUCCCUGAUGGCAGGACAGUUUGGAAAAUCCCUAAACAAGGCAUAGUAAAUGACAAGGCGAUAUGGCCUCCAACGUCCCCUCAACCCCCAAUGCCGCGUCUUCUAUGUUAUGGCGACGAGAUAAAUAAGGUGAUGCUGCCCAGCGCCCGUCCCUGCUGGGGCCCCCAUCUCCCUGGUGUGCAAACACUGAACAAACCUGGCGCACAAUACGCGGCGCUGUUGUUGUCCUUGUUCUUGGCUCGGCCACCUUCUCUGCUCCCUCAACAAUCCAACAUGGACCGCGACGCAGCAGUCUCGGGCCAAAAGCCAGUCGUCGCCGACUUGCACAACGAGCCUGCGGUUGUACACGAAGCCGAGCAGCGACACAUUGUGGGCGCCCAGCCGGGCACCGACGACACACGCGAUGCCAAGAUCCUAUCCGACACAUACGCCGAUGAGAAGCACCGAGGAACACGUGGUGUCUCACACGGCCCGGACGACGACGAGACCUCCGAUGGUGAAGCGCUGCCCGCUGAUCUUUUCGUGUCAUUCCCGCCUCUAAAGGGCGUCGAGCCUGAGAAGAACCCCCUUACGGUACGAGCUGUGCUCAUUGGCAUCAUCCUCGGAUCUCUCUGUAAUGCCUCCAACGUCUAUCUCGGUCUCAAGACGGGCUUCACCUUUCCCGCCACCAUGUUUGGCGCCAUUUUCGGAUACGGCAUCGUGACUAUCCUCACCAAGGCGUUUCCUCGCGUCCCUUUCCUCGGGGGCCGCUUCGGCCCCCAGGAGAACUCCAUCGUGCAGGCCGCCGCCACCGGCGCCGGCGGGAUGAGCGGCCUCUUCGUGGCGGGCCUGCCGGCCAUGUACCGCCUCAGCCUGCUCUCCGACGAGCCCAAGGCGGACUUCACCCGGAUCCUGACGCUGACGAUUGUGUGCGCCCUGUUUGGGCUCUUCGCCGCCGUGCCCCUCCGCAAGUUCUUCAUCAUCAACGUCUCGCGCGAGCUGAACCUCGUGUUUCCCUCGCCGACGGCCACCGCCGUCGCCAUCCGGUCGAUGCACUCGGUCUCAUCGGGCGCUGCGGACGCCAUGAGGAAAGUCAAGGCCCUCUUCUACGCCUUUGCCGGCGCCUUUGCGCACAUUAUUCUCUCGCAGUACGCAGACGGCAUCCUCCACAACUGGCACAUCUUCUCGUGGUUCUACAUCUGGAGCGGCUACAGCAACUGGGCGCAGAACAUUGACAACUGGGGCUGGUAUAUCCAGCUGACGCCUGCGUUUUUCGGAUCUGGCAUUCUUGUUGGCAUGAACACGGCGCUUUCCUGGUGGGGAGGUACUGUUGUUGCUUGGGGCCUGAUUGGGCCUUUGCUUGUUCACUAUGGCGAGUGCGAAGGGACCCGUCCGUACCUCGAUGCCAAGGAUCCAGUCAUUGCUGAGAGAUGGGGUGUCGUUGCUGGCUUUAGCAAGAUGACUGGCAUCGGCGAGCCUGGAUGGAAGGCUUCUCCCCGUUACUGGAUGCUGUGGCCUGGUGUCAUGGUGCUCCUGGUGUACUCGCUGAUUGAGUUCUUCAUCCACAUCCGCGUCCUCUGGGAUGGACUUUUAUUUGCUUUCCGUGAGAUGUCGGUCACGAUUGCUGGUGUGCUCAAGAAGCGCGGAAAGCGCAGCUCAUUUUAUGAAAAGCAGGCUGCAAAAGUCAAUGACGAUAAUUGCCUGACCAAGGACUUUGCCACUCCUGAGCAGCAAGUUCCCGUUUACGUUUGGCUCCCUGGUACUAUCAGCAUGAUGGUUGUCGCUUGUUUUGUCUGUCACUUCCAGUUCCAGAUGAACGCUGGUUAUGCCAUUGUCGCCUGCCUCCUCGGUAUCAUCUUCGCCUUUAUGAGUAUCUAUGGAGGUGCCGUGACCGAUGUGGCACCCUUGACCGCUUCCUCCAAGGCCUCACAGCUCGUGUUUGGUGGCAUCACCAAGGGUAGUGAGCAGACGCAUGCUCAACGCAUCAAUUUGAUUGCCGGAAAUAUUGCCACCGGAACGGCCGACGUCGCCACGGCACUGGUCAGCGAUUUCCGUGUCGGGUUUCUGCUGCAGACGCCUCCCCACCUUCAGUUCUACGCCCAGGGCCUCGGUGCCAUUGUUUCCAUCUUUCUGGCACCGGGAAUUUUUGUUCUGUUCAUGGCUGCUUAUCCCUGCGUCUGGCGACCCGACCUUCAAGAUGGCGAGUGCCCCUUUGCCGCACCCUCGGUUGCCGCCUGGGUAGCUGUUGCCCAGGCCGUCACUGAGCCUCACGUGCCCAUCCCUCUGAAGUCCGGCAUCUUCGCCAUUGUUCUGGGAGUGUUUGCCGCAUGUCAGGCUCUCUUCAAGAACUUUUACUUGGUGGGCUCUCGUGCCAAGUAUCGCUCAUACCUGCCCAACUGGAUGGCCGUCGGUGUCGCCUGGGUUCUGGGUCCCGAUUCUGGCUAUGCCAACGCGGUCGUGUUCGGCUCCAUCACGGCUUGGUGGUGGAGGAAGUUUUUCCGUAACAACUUUGAGGCCUAUGGAUUUGCGAUUGCCGCAGGUCUCAUUGCCGGCGAAGGUCUUGCAGGUGUCAUCAAUGCUGCGCUUACUCUUGGUGGUGUUUCUGGCGAGGCCAAGGGGUCACCUAUCGCCCUCCCUGGAGCCAAGUGGUGA